AUGUUUAACGAAUCCUUAUCCCAUGGUAACGAUGUUACAGAUCGUAAGAAUAAGCAUGUUAGUUUUAAGGCAACAAAUAAGUUUCAUAACAACGAUUAUUCCAAUAACUAUAUUCAUAGCGGAUCAUUACCACAGAAGCACGUUACCAAUAUAGAAAACUCCGUACAGGGAUAUCCCAAAUUGCAAAAAUUAUUCGAACUAAAAGAUCGUCAAAUCGCCCAAUACAUUACAACCCCGUUUGGUUGUAAAGUUGAUAUUGAUCAAAUGGUGCCAACAUUGAAUCACUGGAUUCAAAAUGAAAAAUUAACUUUCGAUGUUGUUAUGAUUGGCUGUUUAACAGAUAAUCAAUUCAUCUAUCCUCUCUUAACGCAAUUGGCGUUAGACAGAUUAGUCUCUAAACCUGGAUUUUUAUUCAUUUGGGCAAGCGCCCACAAAAUCAAUGAAUUAAAUCGAUUGAUGAAUAACGAAGGUUGGGCCAAGAAAUUUAGAAGAAGCGAAGAAUUGGUAUUUGUCCCAAUUGAUAAAAAUUCACCAUUUUAUCCAGGAUUAGAUCAGGAUGAUCAUUCGCUUAUAGAAAAAAUGCAAUGGCAUUGUUGGAUGUGUAUUACGGGUACAGUAAGGAGAUCGACGGAUGGUCAUUUAAUACAUUGUAACGUGGAUACAGAUUUGAACAUUGAAACUCAACAGACAAGAGAUGGCGCUGUGCCUUCACAUCUCUAUCGAGUUGCAGAGAAUUUUUCCAAUUCAACUAGAAGACUGCAUAUUAUUCCCGCCAGAACAGGCAUCGAAAAACCUGUUAGAUUGAGACCAGGCUGGGUUAUAAUGAGUCCUGAUAUAAUUUUGGACAAUUUUGCACCAAAAAGGUACAAGAGUGAAAUAGCCAAGAUUGGUAAUUGCAUUCCAAUGAAUAACCAGAUAGAAAGUUUGAGGCCAAAGAGCCCUGUUCAAAAAGUUUGA